AUGUUUUGGUUGGUGAUGCCAAUUGGCUCAGUUGGUAAAGUCUCUCUGGUUGUGGUUGAGACUUUGGGAAUAAAUCCUACUGACACCAGGGUUGGGGGGAUAAAGCUUGGAGUUAAUUAUCAAUAUGUGCUGAAUACCAAAGGAUCAACCCCUGCUGAGGUGUUGGGAAUUGACUACAAAGCAACACUUAAACCUGCCCUUGAUGAAUUUAUGGAUAACAUAAAGAAAAGCUCCAAGGCAAAGUUGGAGGAAUUGAUUUCUCUUCAACAACAGUCUGUGGAAAAUGCUUCUAAGAUUGAGAGCAAAAGAAAUCGCCUUGCAGCCCUUCAAUCUAGGAUUGAUGAGGGCGAAGCUCAGUUAAAUUUGUUGAAGAAGGAAAUAGAAGACUACACAUCCAGAUGUGCGGUGGAAGCUAAAAGAAUGCUAGAAGAUGUUCAGAGGGAGGAACAUAACUUGGAUUUGGUGGAAAAAGAAUCUGAAGAAUUUUUGAAGACCUCCAAACUAAAGUUGCAUGACGUUAUCAAACAAUGUGAUGAGGAAACCCAGAUGUGUGCUCGGGAACUGCUUAUGCUGAUUGAUACAGUCUCAAAGCACAAAGAAUACAUGGAGUCAACAAUAUCCCAGAUGAAGAAUGAACUCUUAGAAACUACUGGAGCUGUUGCAGAUGCUCACAAGGCCUCCUUGAAAUUACAGUUUGGUAGUAUUUUCAACUAAUCUAUUUUUU